CACAAACGAAUCAACCUCAAAUCUCAAUUGUCGUCGCCGGAGCUGUUUCUGCGCCUGAGAAGGUAAUAACCUCUCAAAUCCCCAAUACUCUCUCCGAGUUCAUUGCAUAUAUUGUGCUUCGCUUCCCGUCAGAUUCUUAGUUUGGGAAAAUGCUGCACCGGGCGAGAUUUGUUCUAAAGAAUUGGCUGCUCCAUAGCGAUAGUUCCUGCUUAUCUGGUAGAGUAAACCCUUGUACGUUGCUUUCCUGUCUGCGGCUAUUCUCCAGCGACCCAACUGCUCCAGUCCCUUUCGCUGUGUCUUACCUCAUAAACGAAUGCGGGGUUCGUCCUGAAUCUGCUGCUUCUGCUGGUAAGUACAUCCAUUUCGAAACCCCAGAGAGAGCUGAUGUAGUCCUGGGCUUCUUCAGGAACCUGGGUUUCACGGAUUCCCAAUUGCCUAAGGUUUUCGGUAGGCACCCCCGGCUCCUAAUGUCUGAUCCUGAGAAACACUUCAUUCCCAGGAUUAGGUUUUUGGAAUCCAACGGCUUCUCAACCUCCGACAUUGCUCUAAUCUUGCUUAGAACUCCCGAGAUACUUCACGCCAGCAUAGAGAACCAGCUGCUCCCUAAUCUCAACUUCUUCAAAACUGUCAUGCCGUCUGAUGAGAACCUUAUUCGGGCUAUAAGGCGCAGCCCGUUCCUUCUGACUUGUGAGCUGGAGACAUAUGUGAUCCCUGGUAUCAGGAUUCUUAGAGAAAGUGGGGUCGGUGAGUCGAGCAUUGUGCGAUUACUCUUGUUUCACCCGAGGACUCUCAUGACUUCACGGAGUCAACUCUCUCAGGCCAUAGAACGUGUCAAGAAAAUGGGGGUGGAUCCUAGGUUAAGGCAAUUCAGUGUAGCUGUUCAGACGAUUAGAGGAGUGAGCAAGGGAACUUGGGACAGCAAGAUUGAUGCUUAUAAGAAGUGGGGUUGGUCCAACGAACGGAUUCUGAAGGCUUUCACGAAGUCUCCAUGGUGUAUGGCAAUGUCUGUGAAGAAACUUAUGGCCAAUAUGGACUACUACGUUAACAAAAUGGGGUUUGAUCCUUUGGUUAUUGCAGCUCGACCUGUAUUACUGGCCUUCAGCUUGGAUAAGAGGAUUAUGCCUCGAGAUGCUGUUCUGUGUGUCUUGUUGUCAAAAGGGUUGAUCGAAUCUAGAGCCUCGGUUCAGGCAUUGGCACUAACGAAUGAGGGGUUCCAAAAGAAGUUUUUGGACCCUUAUAAAGAGCAGGCUCCUGAACUGUUACAGUUGUUUCAGGAGAAACUCAGAACUUGUUGAGCAAUAGUGGAUCGCAGAUGGGAUAGAGACGAGCAUAAAGAAGCACACUUUACUAGUUUAAUGAAGGAUGAAGUGAAGAAAAUUGUGAAGAAGCUAGCAUGAAGCAAAUUGGUAGGACAUUGUAGCAUCUUUGCUGUAUUGAUUAGUUGCUCUUGCCCAGUCUUUAUACAAACUGCAGACUUGGGGCCAACUAUUCUGCGAGGUCAUUGUCAAUUUGGCACGAAUUGGCUGCCUCGUUGCAUGGUUUUUCUUUUAUAUUAGUGGACCACUUCCAUAACUGUUCUGUUUGCAGCAUGAACUAUUAUUUCGGGCUCCUGGCCAGAGCUUACCAUUCUACAAAGGUACUCAGUCUUAUCCUAACUCAAGCAGUCGCUUUCACCAAGCUUGGCUACUGGCCAGCCCAGCUGUAACUUCUCUUCACAGUUUUGGUGCGCGGUGAACUUUUAUCAACUCUCGCAUCCUUCCCAUGAUUCUUGUGCAGUAAAAAGUUAUGCUCGCCAUUUCUUUGGGCUUGGGAAUGAGUUCGACAUGGGGAUGGCUACUGAGAUGUGUGAAAUGGCACCACAUGUAGUGGUUGUGUUUGUCUUUGAGUUAUACCAGGGUGACUUAGUUUAAUGGUUCCUCUGCUCACAAAGCCAACAGCUUUGAGUUGCCACUUAUCUGCUGCCGCAAAAUAGCCUGCCUUCUAGGUUGAAUGAAUGAAUUAAAGCAGAGAAAAGUUGCUACUAACUAGAGAAGAGAUAAGAUAAUAUUAUUCUUUAUUGUAGUUAAUGCAGGGACAUGGUUCAAGAACCAGUGAUGACCUUCGACUGAAGUGAACUCUCGUGUUGUAGAUCUUGCCUCUCAGUUGAUUUACUUUAAUGAAGUUCAUCAGCAUGCUGCAAUUGCCCUGUACUCUGUUUUAGACUUUUAAAUGGCAAAGGACUUGAUAUGCGGCACACCCGUGACUGCAUUCAUCGAACUUCUUGGCAGGAAUUAAGAUCAAAUUGGGCG